CUUGUUUCUUCUUCCUCACUCGCUCUCUGCGCCGCCUUCUCUCUCGAUCUUGUCUAUUCCCUUUGGCAAAGCUUCUACGAUCUUCCUCCUGUGGUUUCGUUUCUAAAAUGGUCAGUUUCCUGUUAUAUUUUUUAAUUUCUGUUUUUAUUCUUCUGUCUAGUCACGACAAGGUUUGUGUCUGAUAUCAACUCUCAAAGUAAACCAGGAUCUGGUUCAAUAUCAAGCUUCUUCGAUGUUCCCAGAAAAUUAAACCUAGACUAGUCGAACGACACAGAUCUUAGAUAUGGAAUCGUUGCUUCCAUUUGAAAAAUCAGUGGCAUCGAAACCCUAAUCUCGAACUUGUAUGUUUAGGAUGAAAGUAUAUGGAUGUGGAAUUGCUUCUGUUUGCACAAAUAAAUUUAGAUGCUUUUGAGAGACUUGAUGGAUUCUUGUGUAGCAGAUGUUAUAUGAUUUGAGUUCGAUGCAGAUGCAUUAGUAUUACUUCAUACACAACAACAUGCUUGUGAUGUGUUCUUGGACUGAUUCCAUAGGAUGGUCUGAUCUUGAUCUGAUAUUAGUAGUACAGAAGCAAUGGCGAGCGGUGACGGCGGCUUGAGAGAACCACCGAACGAGCAAGCCGUUCUGAAUAUCUACGAGGCUAUGAGAUCAGAGCUAAGCCAGAUCUAUUCCAACAUAACUGAUCUCGAGAUGCAAGUCAGCGAGCACUCUCUCGUCAUCAACGCAAUUCAGCCUCUCGACCAAUCUAGGAAAUGCUUCCGCAUGAUAGGAGGCGUUCUUGUCGAGAGAACCGUCGUAGAGGUGCUCCCAGCUGUCCAGCGCAACAAGGAAGGCCUCGAGGAGGUUGUGAGGAAGCUUUACGAGACGUUGGAGAAGAAGAAGAAAGAUAUGACGGAGUUUGAAGCUAAGAAUCAGAUCAGGCUAAGGAAGCAGGACGAUUCUAAUAAGGAAGAAGGUGAUAAGAAAAAGGAAGGUAAUGCUCAAGGUGUUCUUGUUGGAGCUGCUGCCACUUCGAGUCAGUAAAAGUUUCUCCCUUUACUCUUGUAUCUUCUUUAAUGGUGCUUUGUUAAGUUUCUCUGGAGCACACUUAAAUGUUUUGGCAUGUUACAAAACUCAGUAGACUGGAGAAUUAAUUUCCAUUUAUAGA